GAUUGUACAAUACUGGAGAAGUGUAAAGGAUAGUAAAAUGUUAUUUUAAUGUGCUAAAUUCCUGAACGUUCCCCAUUUUCCAUUUAUUAACACCGGGCAGCAGCCAUGCAUAAAGCCUACCAGCCCCUCAAGCCCAGCACUAAUAAGUACCUGCAGAAGAAAUGGGACCAGACACACUAUGAGGCACAUCGCAAGAAGGUGAAAGAAGCCAAACCCAUAGUGGACACCAAAGGCAUCCGAACACCUACGCAUGUCCAGCUGAAGCUGAAGAAAACACAGGUUCAAGAGGAGAGGCAGGCCAUUAUAGACAGGGAUAACCAACUGCUGGUGUCCAGACUGGCUGGGAUAGAGCGCUCUAAAGGUCUCGUAGACCACAGGAAUGAAUAUCCAGAGCGCAGUCUGAAUGCUGAGAGGAGGAAGGAGGAGUUAGCACAGGUGACCCGUGAGAACCUGGCGAUCUAUCAGCGAAUCACGGCACGAGAAUCAGAAUACAGGCGGGAGGUGUGGGAGGAGGACUGGGAGAAAAUGGAAAGAAGACGAGACGAUAUAGCACGCUACCCAAGGGGAGUGGCCGAUAAACAGAGGUCCAAGAAGAGUGUGAGGUUUUCUGGCGGAACACCAAGGCACAGUCAGAGCUCAUCCAGCAGAACAGAAGAUGACCAGGAUGAGACCACAGAAGAAGAUUAACCCUUUUUUAAUCCCAGGCUUAAUACAUGCUAUGGUUUA